CCAAACUCCCUCCCUUUCACUCUUCCUUGCCUGGCUGGGAGUGAAGAGAAGAGUUUCCCCCUUUGACCUCUCUUUCCUCUUCCUCUUUCUUCCUCUCCUUCUGAGGAAAUGUGAUUUUUGGGGGAGAAUUUUGGAGUCGCGCCUGUUGAGGGAUUUCUUUCCCUUGUGAAAAGAGGGAGGAAAAGCAUCUUUGAUACGGUAGGGUUCUUCAUCAGAGUGGCUCCAACAUGGAGAGACUCAACUCACCCGGACCUCAAGCAGGCACGGCCCCCGGAAACAGUGGGAAAUCCUGGGAAAUAACUACACAGAUGAUCCUGGAUAAACACACACAGUGCCAGCGCUUAAGGCAUUCCUCCUUCCGAGAGGGCGAGGGACCCAGAGAGGUUUGCAGCCGCCUCCACUCUCUCUGCCGCCAGUGGCUGAAGCCAGAGCAACACACCAAGGCGGAGAUGCUGGACCUGGUGAUCCUGGAGCAGUUCCUGAGCAUCCUGCCCCCAGAGAUGGGGAGCUGGGUCCGAGAGUGUGGGGCAGAGACCUCUUCCCAGGCGGUGGCCCUGGCGGAAGGCUUCCUCCUGAGUCGGGCAGAGGACGAGAAGCAGGAAGGACAGGCCCAAACUAACUGCAUUGAAGUCCAUCCUGAUGUCUCUGAAUCGGAGAAAACUCUGCCAGACGCCACCCAGAGCCUCCAGCAGGAAGAGCUCAAGCAGGAAGGAGAUGGGGCUGCAGCCUUAGAAGAGGCUAGAACGAUGCUGUUGCUGAAUCCUCAGUCAUUUCUUCCCCUUUGUGAUGGAGUGGAACUGAAUCAGGGCCCAGUCGCCUUUGAGGACGUGGCUGUCCAUUUCUCUUUGGAGGAGUGGGCUCUCCUGAAUCAUGGUCAGAAAGUCCUGCAUGUGCAGAUCAUGGAGGAGAUUCAUGGGAUGGUGGAUUUUCUUGCAGAUAACUGGAACACCAAACACAGGAAGCAUUUGGAACACAUUGGGGGCCUUCCUAGACACCAGCAAACCCACAGAGAAGAUGGAGAUUCUGCCAGAGAAAGGUCCUACAAAUGCAAUGUAUGUGGGCAGUGUUUCAGCCAAAAUAUGGGACUUAUACUUCACAAGACGCUCAGUGCUGGGAAAAGCCAUUGUAAAUGGAAUAUAUCAGCAAAAUGUAUUGCUGAUUACAAACUGUCAGAUCUAAGCCAAGAAGAAAUCUUUGAAGGAACUGAGGAUUUCAUAAGCCAAGAGUGUAGAAAAUCUUUUAUCCAGAGUUCACACUCAGUGAGUCACAAAAGACUCCAUGCAGCAGAGAACACAUACCAAUGCCAGGAGUGUGGGAAAUGUUUUGCUGUGAGUUCAGCCUUGGUGAAGCACAAAAGACGUCACACAGGAGAGAAGCCAUACCAAUGCCAGGAGUGUGGGAAACGUUUUGCUGUGAGAUCCACCUUGGUGAGCCACAAAAGACUUCACACAGGAGAGAAGCUAUACCAGUGCCUGGAGUGUGGGACAUGUUUUGCUGUGAGUUCGGCCUUGGUGAAUCACAAAAGACUCCACACAGGAGAGAAGCCAUACAAAUGCCAGGAGUGUGGGAAAUGUUUUGCUCAAAGUUCACACUUGGUGAGGCACAAAAGACUCCACACAGGAGAGAAGCCAUACCAAUGCCAGGAGUGUGGGAAGUGUUUUGCUGUGAGUUCACACUUUGUGAGCCACAAAAGACUCCACACAGGAGAGAAACCAUACCAAUGCCAGGAGUGUGGGAAAUGUUUUGCUCGCAGUUCAUAUUUAGUGAGCCACAAGAAAGUUCACACUGAAGAAACCUCACACAGAUGCAUGGAUUGUGGGAAAUGUUUUAGUCACAUUUCAUCCUUUAUAAAGCACCACCUAAUUCACACAGGUUAAAAAACAAGCAAAUGCCAGGCACGUGGGAAAUGUUUUUAUUGGGGUUCAUACUUUUGAACCAUAAGAGACUACAUACAGGAGAGAAAUCAUCCAAAGAGCUGGAUAAAACUAAUAAAAUAUGUUGCAACAGGGAAA